AUGGUCUUUUCACUACUUCUCUUUCUCUCUUCCUUCUCUUGUUUUUUGCCUACUUUAUCAUUCCAUUUACCUCUCUCUUUAUUUCAUCCACUCUCUCUAUCUGAAUGGUCUUAUUGCUUUUCAACUUUCUUUUUUCCCAGUUUCUUUCUUUCUUUUUUUCUUUCUUUUUUCUUCGAGUGUUUCCCCCACCCCACUGUCUGUUCUGUUACUCCCAUUCGCUUCCCCACGGUACAUAUUUUUUGUUUUUUCUUCACAAAUUUUUCCUUUUUUUCUUUCUUUCUCUCUUUCUUUCUUUCUUUCUAUAUUUAUUUAUUUGUUCUUGAAUUUCUGAAUUUCUGCAUUUUUCUCGCAUCAUGUAUUUCUUUUACUACUGUUUCUCUCUUUUUCUUUCGCUCUUUUUCCUUUCUUUCUUUCUUUCUUUCUUUCUUUCUUUCUUUCUUUCUGUCUAUUUUAAGGUCUUUAUUCCUUUUCGUCUGUCUCUUUCCAACUGAUCCUCUCUCUCUCUCUCUCUCUCCAACUGUUUUCGCUUUUACUCUUUAUUUAUUUGAGUGUCCAUUUUUUUCUUUUUAUGUCUUCAUAAAUUCUUUUGUCUAUAUUUCUUCCUUUCUUUCUAUUUGUCUCUCUCUUUCUUUCACUCAUUUUGAUUUUUGUUUUUCUUUCUUUCUUUUUCUCCCUUUCUUUCUUUUUCUCCCUUUCUUUCUUUUUCUCCCUUUCUUUCUUUUUCUUUCUUUCUAUCUGUUUUUCUCUCCCUCUCUCUCCCUAUCUAUCUAUCUAUCUAUCUAUCUAUCUUUCUUUCUUUCUAUUUGUCUCUCACUCUCUCUUUGUCCCUAUCUUUCUUCCAUUCAUUUUCAUUUUCAUUUUUCAUUUUACUUUCUUUCUUUCUUUCUUUCUUUCUUUCUUUCUUUCUUUCUUUCUUUCUUUCUUUCUGUUGUUUCUUCCAUUCUUUCUUUUUUCUUCACUUUCUUUCUUUCAUUCGUACUUUCUGUUUAUUUUUCUUUAAUUUUUUUCUUUCUUUCUUUCAUUCAUUCAUUCAUUCUUUAUUUAUUUUUUUUUCUUUCUUGCUUUCUUUCUUUCUUUCUUUCUUUCUUUUGUUUCUUUCAUUCUUUCUCUUUCUUACUUUCUUUCUUUGGUACUUUCUUUUAUUUUUCUCUUUCUGUUUAUUUUUUCUUUAAUUCUUUCUUUCUUUUUUCUUUCUUUCUUUCUUUCUUGCUUUCUUUCAUUCAUUCUUUUUUCUUUCUUUAUCUACUGCUGUGUCUAUUGUAUUCUUCCUCCCAUUUUAUCUUUCUUCCUUUCAUCUCUUUCUUUCUUUCUUUCUUUCUAUUUCUUCAUUUUUCUCUGUUUUUUUGUCUACGUCUUUCAUUUUCUGCCACUCAUUUUCACUUUUUUAUUUUUCUUUCUCUUUCUUUCUUUCUUUCUUUCUUUUUCUCUCUUUCUUUCUUUCUUUUUCUCUCUUUCUCUUUAUCUAAUUCGUCUAUCUCUUUCUCUCUCUCUCUCUCUCUCUCUCUCUCUCUCUCUCUCUCUCUCUCUCUCGUUUUUGACUUUCUUUUUUUUUCUGGUCAUAUGACUUUUCGUCUUUCUCUUUUCCCACUGAUCUCUCUCUCCCUCUCUCUCUCUCUCUCCCUCUCUCUCUCUCACAAACACACACACACACUUUCUACUCUUUCUUUUUUCCCGUCUGCUUUUUCUUUCCUCUCUCUCUCUCUCUCUUUCUUUCCUUUCCCCUUUUCUCUUUUCCCUUUUCUUCCUCCCCACCACACUUGUCAAAUUUAUUUCUCUUGUCCCGCCGACCUGUCCCUCCACCGCCUCACCAUCGUGCACGGGUCACGUGACUCGAUUCUUCUCCCAUCAUCGAAACUAUCAAUCAAGUCACAGUAA